UCAGCUUCACACGAUGGCUUAUGCGUUAAUCUGAAGGCACCUUCCUGCAGUUCCAGUGAUCAGUGUCAGAAGUAUCUGCUCCACGGAGUAUAUAUAUCCUCCGCCUGCUGCGCCAUCGACCAAGCAUACGCACCGCCUAUUCGCCUUGUUUUGGCUUGCCCGCCCGCCCGCUUUGCCGCCCGAGUGGAGUGAGUGAGUUGCCAAGCGGCUAGGCAGGAGAGAAAGAAGAGGGACAACGCCGGAACAGGCGCCCGGCACAAGGGCAAACAGACGCAGAAAGAGCAGGCAUGCAAAACCCUGCAAGCCCGGCUCGCGAGCAAACAACUUGCGCGUGAGCUGAAUGCGGAUGCCGUGGCAUUCGUUAGUUUAGUAGCCUCAGCUUCGUACUACUAACUGCGGCAGCUUGGUCUACCUUCUACUAAUAAAUGACACAGUCGUUAUAGCUAGCCCAGUCCCACCAUGCGCAACAAGUCCACCAACCCCAAGUGAGCCACGCCCACGCCUCCGCUCCGUAACCGUAUAUAACGCGGCACAGGACUGGGCUCCGUGGCAGGAAUUAAGGCUAUAUGAGCGGUCUCAUCACGAGGAUCGGCACCGUCGCCCGCUCACCCAUGGCGGCCGCGGCAGUCGCUGGCAUCGUCAGCAACGACGCGCCACGGAAGCGCCCGCGUCGCCCGCCCAGCGGCGUCAGAAUGGAGGCCAUGAGCAGAGGCGGUGGCUGCUGCUGCUCGAGCAGCGACAAGAAGCUGGAGGCCGCGGAGCCGGCGACGACGAGGCUGGUGGUGAUCGUGGGCGCCACGGGCACGGGCAAGACCAAGCUGUCCAUCGACGCGGCCGUGGCGCUGGGCGGCGAGGUCGUGAACGCCGACAAGAUACAGCUGUACGCGGGGCUCGACGUGACCACCAACAAGGUGCCGCACGCGGACCGCCGCGGCGUCCCGCACCACCUCCUGGGCGCGGUCCGCGCCGACGCGGGCGAGCUCCCGGCGCCGUCGUACCGCGCGCUGGCCGCCGAGGCCGCGGCCUCCGUCGCGGCGCGCGGGCGGGUGCCCGUGGUGGCCGGCGGCUCCAACUCGCUCAUCCACGCGCUCCUCGCCGCCGACAGCCUCGGCGCAGGCGACCCGUUCAAGGUCGACGACGGGUACCGGCCCUCCCUGCGGUUCCCGUGCUGCCUCCUCUGGGUGGACGUGGACGGCGCGGUGCUGGACGAGUACCUGGACCGGCGCGUGGACGACAUGGUGCGCGAGGGCAUGGUGGAGGAGCUCCGGGAGUACUUCGCGUCGGCGCCCCCCGCCUCGCACGCGGCCGGGCUGGGCAAGGCCAUCGGCGUGCCGGAGCUGGGCGCCCACUUCGCGGGGCGCAAGAGCCUCGCCGCGGCGAUCGACGAGAUCAAGGCCAACACGCGGGUGCUGGCCGCGGCGCAGGUGCGCAAGAUCCGGCGCAUGGCCGGCGCCUGGGGCUGGCCCGUGCGGCGCCUAGACGCCACGCCCACGGUCCGCGCGCGGCUGGCCGGCGCCGGCCGCGCCGCCGAGGCCGCCGCGUGGGAGCGCGACGUGCGUGGGCCUGGCCUCGCCGCUAUGCGCCAGUUCCUGGACGGCCACGAGCAGCAGGAAAGGUGGCCGCUGGCGCGGAGGCAAUGCCGUGGCAUGGUGGUGUGACUCGUGAUGACGCGUCAAGAGUCCCGGGAGCCGAGCGUCCGGGUGCUCUCUGUUUUUUUUUUCUGAACAGGCCUCCAAAUUUUGGAGGGGCCGAGAGGGCACUGGUCGACGUGGGAGCUGUAGGCCCGUAGCGGCGAUGCCGCACAGGCACGCACCACAGCAAGGCGCAGCGACUUCGUGCAACAGAAACGGGGCGAGAGCGAGACGACUGGCCAGCAACUGCCCAUUUUUGCUGGGCAUGUGAGAUUUUUGUGAAUACUGAGGCAGCAGGAGCAGCUGUGCUUCCUUCUCGCUUCAAAACGUCCGCAGCAGCCUCAUCCUAGCCUGGCUGGCAGUACAGUGCCACCGACCGUCUUGUUCAGAUUUCGAAACACUGUUCCCAGUCCGGAUUGUGCGUGUGCGGAUUAGAGCGCAAACCCAUGCUUAAUGCGUGGUUACGGGGGGAAUGGGGAUUGUGCUGGACGCGUGAGCUGGUGUUGUGGUUGUGUGCUGCUGCCUGCUGCUGUGCCAGCUUGGAAGUCAGUUGGGGCUCCAGGCGUGUGCGCCCUUCUUGCCAAAAAACAAACAAGGAAUGCAUUGGUUUCUUCUC